AUGUUCGCCGUUCCAGGAUGGUCCGUCUCUCCAAGCUUGCUUAAGGCAGAGAUCUCAGAACCCAAAAAGGGGCGGGAUAAGCCAGUGUCAAAACCCGAAAAGAUAGAGGAGGCGAAGGCCCCCGAAGCUAAUGGCGAGGUUGAAUCAAACAGGAGCAAGAAGCGCAAGCGCAGCAAUGAGAGUAUGAAGGCGAAGGCGGUACAUGUGGAUGUGGAUAAUAUGGAGGAGCUGUGGGGGACGGUCGUUGAGGGACAGACGAGCGACGGGAAGACGAAGAAGGGGAAGAAGGACAAGAGGCGGAAAACGGAAGGGGAUGCCGAGGCGAGAAGGGAGAAGAGUAAGACUACGAAUGAAGAGGGAGGUGACAAGAAUCCAGAGGCAGCCAUGGAAAUAGGAAUCGAAGGACAGGUGCCAGUGGCUAAAGAGCGAAAGAAAAAGGGCAAAACAAUGAAAGAGAAGAAGCGCGAAAAGAAAGCCAGACUCAAGGCCAUCGCAGAAGGCACCCUUUCCGCCAUGUCCCCCUCAUCCGAAACCGAACCAGCGCCGAUACCCGCCCCCCAACCUACCAAACCAACUCUCACCCCUCUCCAAGCCAGCAUGCGCCAAAAGCUCAUCUCAGCCCGCUUCCGCCAUCUAAACCAAACGCUCUAUACGACCCCCUCCGCGCACUCCCUGUCCCUGUUCGCCGAGAACCCAGAGAUGUUCACAGAGUACCACGAGGGUUUCCGCCGGCAGGUCGAAGUCUGGCCCGAGAACCCUGUCGAUGGGUAUCUCUCCCAGCUCCUCACCCGCGGGACUAUCAAAGGACCCAUGCGUGGAAACCCCUUGAACAAACAAGCACCUAUAUUAGAACAGGCGCUCCCAAGAACGGAAAACAUAUGCACUAUUGCUGACCUAGGCUGCGGCGACGCAGCCCUGUCUACUAAACUUCAACCACACCUCAAGAAUCUCAAAAUCAAGAUCCACAGCUUCGACCUCCAAGCCCCCUCUCCCCUCGUCACGAAAGCAGAUAUCGCCAAUCUACCUCUAAAGGAUGGAACCAUCGACAUCGCCAUCUUCUGCCUCGCGCUCAUGGGGACGAACUGGGUCGACUUCAUCGAGGAGGCGUACCGGAUCCUCCGCUGGAAAGGCGAGCUCUGGAUCGCAGAGAUCAAAUCGCGCUUCGGCCGCGUGUCUGCAGCCGGAAAGGGAAAACCGGUCGUCUCGCACUCCGUCGGCAACCGCAAACGGCCCUUGGACAAAAAAGCCAAGAAGGCAGCAGAUGAAGCGGCCGACGACGCCGUGGCUGCAGUGGAGGUCGACGGCCAGGAAGAUAGGGGGGGCGAGACAGACGUCAGUGCCUUUGUGGAAGUGUUGCGGAAGAGGGGCUUUGUGCUGAAGGGGGAAGGGCAGGGAGGUGAGAAGGAGAGCGUUGAUCUGAGGAACAAGAUGUUUGUGAGGAUGUGCUUUGUCAAGGGCGCGACGCCCAUCAAGGGCAAGGGCGUGCCGGCUCCGAAGGGGAGUGAGGAGUUUGGGACGAAGGGUGCGCGAGCGGGGGAGACGUGGAAGAAGAAGGCGCCGAUGGGCGUUAAAAAGGAGGAGAAGGGGGAUGAGGUGCACGUUAGCAGCGAGGCGGGGGUGCUGAAGCCAUGUGUCUAUAAGUUGAGAUAG